CCGCCCAUCAAUCCGAAGAGGUCAAGAAGACAGUCUCGCAACUCGCAACACAAGCAGCUUGCCAACUUGCCAACAGCAGCCGCAGCAACCAAAGCACCGUAAAACAACAGCAAUUAACUACAGUACAGUACUUGUUUUUGAAGACGAUGGAACCUGCAAGCACCACUCUAGCUCAAAGCGAGGACAUGAAUAGCAGCAUGCCCGAAGACAGUGUCCCGGAAAGCAGCGCCAUGGCAAAGUCCCUGGAAGACUUGCACCAGCAACUGGAAGAGUUGCAUCAGCAAGUGGACCAGAAGGGUAUGCUACGGAGUGUCGAGCCUCCAACGAACGAUGAAGGACGCUCCGCCGUGGAUCCCCAGUCUCUUCCGGGCGCCUAUGCGGAAUCCGCAUUUCGAAGAGGCAGCAAUCCGCAACCGCGGCGUCGAUCUUCCUACAACAGUUGCGUGGGUAGUAGCAGUGGUCAUCAGGAAGAAUCAACUAGCAGCAGCAGAGAAACUGGAGUGCAACAACACGAGAAUACCAUCGCGACAUCCCACGACGACGAAGAAGCCGCGACUGCGACCCUGGUCAAUGCCGAACUGGCCCCGGCCGACUACGAAGACAUUGUGGCGGAGCGAGAUGAACUACGACAAAAAAUGGACUCCAUCCCAGAAGCCAAGGCGCUUCCACAACGCAAAAAGAUUUCCGUUUGGAUUUGGGUUGUUUCCGUGGUGGUGUUGGUGGCCGCCUUGAUUGUCGCCAUUUACGUGUCGGUAACGGCCACCGGCUUGGACGACACCGCCAGUACGACAAAAGAAAACAACACCCACCUGAAUGAUCCCUUUUGGACGUCCAAAAAACUAGGGCAAACGCUGACGGGUGUGGAGAAUUUUGACGAAUUUGGAGAAAGUCUAGCGCUUUCUGGGAAUGGCCAAACCGUGGCGGUGGGAGGAGAAGAAGCGGUCGAAUUUAGAGGUCGAGUUGUCGUGUAUCGGUUAGAUGACAGUCAUCAGCCAGAGUGGCAGCAAUUGGGAUCCGAAAUCGUGGGAGACAUGCAAGGCGACGAGUCGGGUCGAGUGACUCUGGCCAGCAGUGGAAAGACAUUGGCCAUUGGUGGUAUUGGAGCCUGGACGGAAGGAGGUGGAGACAAGGCCGGGAGAGUACGGACCUAUCGAUUGCGUGAAGAAGAUGGCCAAGAAGCGACGUGGGAACCGUUUGGACAAGUAAUAGAAGGCACACACGCCAGUGAACGCGUUGGAAUGGAUGUACAAUUUUCGGCUGAUGGAUCCAUAUUGUCCGUCGGUGCGCCGGGAGCCGUAGAGACCAAUCGGACUGGAAUGGAUGUUGGAGCUGCUCGCGUCUUUCGAUACAAUGAAACUACCGAUCGGUGGGACAAGAUGGGCCAGGAGUUGCAUGGUAUCAAAGAAUUGGAUUUCUUUGGCCACAUGACAGCACUCUCGGAAGAUGGACUCGUGUUGGCAGCGGGAGGAUAUGGUUUCGACGCCAAUGGCGAACGGUCGGGCGUGGUGCGGGUCUACGACUUUGACGCACAAUCCUCCUUGUGGAAACAGCGCGGGCCAGACUUUUACGGUGAAAACACAAAAGAUGAAGUGGGCCGUUCCAUCUCCCUCUCGUCGGACGGAAGAACCAUUGCCUUUGGAGCGUUCAAACACAAUAAUGGAACCGGGAGAGUGUACGUGCACCACUGGGAGGACAGCGGCGAGUGGAAACAAAUGGGUCAACCCGUAGAUGGCUUCAAGGAAGGUGAUCGUCUCGGUAGAUCCGUUUAUCUUUCCGGAGAUGGCUCUGUUAUGGCGAUUGGUGCCGUUUGGAAUGACGAUGUAGGGGUCCGGGGCGGCCAUGUACGUGUCUUUCAAUGGAACAGCAACGCUACCAAUGAAUCGUGGGAACAGGUCGGACCUCCCAUCAGAGGGAAUGCCAAUGAAUGGUUCGGGAGAAGGAUUUCCAUCUCCCGAGAUGGGACAACGCUUGCCAUUGGUGGGCCUUUCCAUCUCAAUCCCGCUGGAGCCAAAGUUGGUAAAGUCGAGGUGUACUCGUUGCCAUGAAUGCUGCUUGGAACGCUGAGAUCCUCUGUUGCGAUUUUCCAAUGGUGGACAAUGGGGAGACAUCCACCUCGUUUGCCUCUCGCUGAGAACGUUAGGAACGAAUACUUUGGGCCUCAUCAAACCACACAGCAAGGAUGAACACGAGAGAGCCACCUAUUUUGCCAAUGGGCGAGAACGUUAGGAACUAGUUCGUGUGUUUUGCCUCAUCAAACCACAAAGCAAUGCAAUGUCAUUCAUUAGGCAAGCAAAGAUUGAAGGCAAAAGUUGUGGCAAAAAUGAAACAGCUGCCAACGUACGGUAGAUGCAAGACCUCGCGAGGACUUUCCCAGGAGGGGUGACGACAGGCAAUCCAAGUGGACUUUUUGUAGCUAGAUAUUUUUAGGUACCUUAUAGGUGAUAGGUAGAAACAGGACUUUUUGCGUUCAGAAUCUAUAAAUGAACAGGCUCUUGGGAGGUUGAAGCCCUUAAUUGUUCCUGCGGCAGGC